AUGGAUCUUGGCAUGUUGGCAUGGCACCAACCAAUCAGAGGCCGUGCUGGGGGCCACUGGGGGCACAGCUGGUUUUACCUUAACUGGGAAGUAGAUUGCCCAGAUGCGCUGAACUUGCAUAUAAAUGAGCAAGAGGUUUUAGCUGUGGCCUUCGCUGCACAUUAUUGGGCACAUCAUUGGGCCAAUAAACGCAUUCUUAUUUUUUCAGACAAUGCAGUCACAGUUUCUGCCCUUAAUAAGGGCACCUCACCGGAAUCUCAAACCCACUCUCUGGAUUCUAGGGUUGUGUACCUGAGGACUAAUGCCUAUGCAGCUUCCACACGUCGUACUUACCUAACAUAUUUACACUCCUUUCUUAAGUUUUGCUCAGACAAUAAUAUUGCACCUGCGCCAAUUUCCUCGGCUAAUCUUGGUAGAUAUAUUGCUCAUUUAUCUCUAAAGUUGUCCUUUAGUUCAUUACGGAAUUACCUGUCAGUUGUUAGAAUUCUGCAUUUAGAAGCAGGAAAACCCAACCCCCUUGAUUCCUUUUACAUUUCAAGCAUUUUAAAAGGGGCCCGGCGGGUGUUAGGGGAAGUCUCCAAACCCAAGUUACCUAUUACAAUUGACAUACUUAAGCAAGUGUUUUCCUGCAUUGACUUGUCUUCCCCGCAUGACAUUUGUUUUUGGGCAGCUUGUCUAGUAGCAUUUUUCUCAUUUUUUAGAAAGUCAAAUCUUUUAGCCCCAUCAUGGGGUCACUUUGACCCUAACAAACACCUGUGUCGUUCCAAUAUCAAGUUUGGUGCUGAUGGGGUUAUCAUUACUGUCCACUGGUCUAAAACCAUUCAGUACAGUCAAAGAUCCUUGGAAAUUCCCCUACCCCUGAUUCCUAAUUCUCCAUUCUGUCCGAGCACAGCCUUAAUGCUGCUGUUUAAAUCUACACCCUGCUCUAUUCAAUCAGUGCCAGCUUUUAUAUUUAGGCAACAAAGUUCUACCAAAUUAAUGACAUAUGGAAUUUUUGUUUCACGACUUAGAUUUUUUUUGCACAAACUGGGUUACAACCCUAGUCGUUACUCUGCUCAUAGCUUCAGGAGAGGUGGGGCAUCCUUUGCCUUACAGUGUGGACUGCCUCCUGAUUUAAUUCAAACUCAAGGGGACUGGCGUAGUGAUGUUUAUAAAACCUACCUUGACCCCUCUCUCUCCUUCCGACAACAAGUAGCAACCACCUUAGGACAAGCAAUAGGCAAAGUACUGUAGUUAUUUUAACUGUGUAACUCUCAUGUGUUGGUUAUUACACAGUUUGGCUGUUUAGUUGCCUUAUGUAUAUACAUUUAGUUAAGAUCCUCGCAAUGUACAUUAGGAUGUAUAAUUAGAUGUAUUUGAUCAUGCUGCUGGCACCUUGCACUGUAUAUAUGUUACCUUGUAUUUUACUAUAUUUUGUGAUAUAUCUUGC